AUGGCUUCUGCAACUUUCUCAAUCACCCUCCCUCACACAGUUCCAAUUCCAAAGCACUACACACAAAGGCUAACCGAUCAUCACCGACUUGCUCUGCGUUCGUUUUCACCGUCUCGUCGGCGACAUUUUUGUCUUAAAUCCAAGGGCUCAAGCUCAACUACCUACAUAUCAGGCCCAGGUGCUGAUGUAAUAAUCUCCGAGAACGAUCCAGAGUUUCAAGACUCGGAAUCGGAAUCGGAAUCGCAGCAGUCGACGAAUUUGAUAAGUUGGGGUCUAAUAUGGAGUCUUGUAGCUCGCCACAAGUUGAGACUUGCGGCUUCGGGAGAUAUUUCGAAGUACUUACAGGAGUGA